AUGUGCACACUUGCCCCUGGCGAAGUCAUUCACUCCGACCUCUCUGGCUGCUUCCCUUCAUCAGCCCACAGUGGAGCUGAAUACUACAUCACAUUCAUCAACGAAGCCACCUGCUAUGCCUCCAUGUAUCUGCUCUCAUGCAAGAGUGAGGCGAUCGAGGCCUUCAAGUCGUACCUCACCACCUCUCCCCACGCUGCAUGCUGCCGCUCCCUGGUCACUGACCAAGGGGGCGAGUACCUCUCAACCAGAUUUCGCAAGCUGCUGCAUAAGCACGGCAUUGCGCAUGACACUGUUGCAGUGCACUCCCCUGAGCUCAACAGCAUCGCCAAACACUUCAAUCUCACCAUCAUGACCAUGGUUCAGUCUCUUCUCACUGACAGUUGUCUGCUGUGCUCCAUGUGGGAUGAGGCCCUUCAGACCACUACGCACAUCAACAACUGGCUCCCCACACGCUCCAAAAGUGGCCACACACUGCAUGAGCUCUGGAUGGGCGAGCCACCCAUGUACAAGCACCUUCAUCUUUUCAGGUGCCACGCCCACAUUCUUCAGCCAUCAGCUACACACUCCAAGCUCAACGACCAGUCCAUGCCCACUGUCUACCUCAGACCUGCACAUGACAACGCCCAGCACCAUCGUCUCUGGAUCCCCAACAUGGACUCCAUCAUUGAGUCGCGCGAUGUUGUCUUCUCCAAAACCGCCAAAUGUCAUGUGACAGCGCCACUGGCUCUGAGGCCUCAGACUCUGAGUCUGACAGGGCCAUCAGCGACACCAACUCCUCCAGGUCCAUCAAUGCCACCAGCAGCGGCGAUGAGCUCAGCGCGGUCUCAGACACUGAGCUGGAUGAACUGGUCAGUGACACUGCUGAUGGCGAGCUGGACAGGUUUGUUGAAGACAUCAACACCGACAGCAAGCUCAACAAAUCCGCUGGUGAUGAUCCAGAUGAGUCCACCAGCAGCAUUGCCAUCACCAACGGAGAAGCCAAAGGGUCCACCAGCUCCAUUGAGUCCUUCGCCACCGCCAGCAACACUGAGCCCGACGCCAACCACGUCCACAACGAUGGGGCAUCACAUUCUCUCCCCAGGUUUUGGGGGGAAUGGGCGGACUAUCAACCUGAGGAAGACAACUCG